GGGGAGAAUCUUUAACUCUUCUCAAGUUAUAUUUAUUCCUAUCUUCUGCAGUAUUUACUGAUGGAGAAUGUGAAGGCCUAGUCUUUCUCUUACAAGCUUCAGGGGUGAAAGGUUUGUGGUGGAUACAGAACUUCUGGCCUUUUCCUAGAAAGUGUUCUUUUUCCUGUUCUGCUUCUUAUUCUUCUUAAAAACACAAGCUUUGAUCGUCUUCUCAACUCUUGAAAACUCCACUUACAGAUUCAAGCAGGAAAUGCAUGACCAAACUGAAAAUGUGAUUUAAACGCAUUUCUGCUUGCAAGUUCUUGGAAAGUAGGCAUUGCAGGAGACAAUUGAGCUAAGUCUAACACAAGCUAAAAUCAUGGGGAAAUUUCUCAAGCCCUGCGACAAGGAAGACAUGAGAAUGGCCAUGUUAAAACACGAAGAGACAUUCAAAGAGCAGAUAUGUGAACUUCAUCGUCUAUAUCGAAUCCAAAAGAUAAUGAUGAGAAACAUUGAAAGCAGCAGGCCAGAUGAGCGGAGUCGAGAGUUAUGGAGCUACAAGAAUGGCUUUAGUUUUAAUCAGCCUAAUCAUGCUCGUGAUAUGCAGCAGAAGUCGAUAGGGAGACUUGACUUGGAGUGGCCUUCCGAAGAUUGUGUUGCAGAAUCAAAUGCAGAUAGAGUAUUAGAGCUAAUAGAAGAGAGUGAGAUUCAGCUAACAUUGGGACCUUCGAGUUAUGAAAGAAGGAAGAAACCUGAAACGCCACUAACUUCAGAUUCAGGAACAAGCCUCUCUUCGUCUUCCACUGGAUCCAGCCAUAUAAACAGGACAAGUUCCUUGAAACAUCAAAAGACAAGCACCAAAAGAGAAGAAUGCUGCGAAUUGGGGAUUUUCCAAGUUCCUGACAUGACCUUGGGGUACCAAAAUGAAAGUAAAAAGGGUAUUGGGGUUGAAGAACAACUGAGACAGGAGAGACAAAAACAACCCCCUUGGCUUUGCCAGGUUUUGAGUCUGAACAUGGCUUGAAAAGUAUCUUUUAAGUCGAUUUUAGACUGAUUCUUAUCGACUGAUUCUAUCAAUUAUGUUUGUAUUUAUCUUUAUGCACAGUUCCUACAAUGCUAAGUGUCUUGUGUAAAGAUGACUUUCUUCCCCUGUGGCUUUCAAAACCCAUUGCAAGUUACCAUCUAAAGAUUGACCAGAUAUUUUCUUCUUUCAGUAAACAGAUAUAGUUUUCUGUACCA